AUGGGGAAAUGGAGGCUGUUGCCACUAGCCAUAGGACUGGCCAUGCUCACAGGUCUCCAUGCUGUAGCACCUAUCGGCCAGGAGUUCAUCACUAGUUUCAUGCAAAAUUACCAGUCAAACUAUCCAGGGACUGAAUUGCAGCUUAUCAUCUCGGGCGACGUCCCCCUCACUACAGUCAAUGUCUUGGUCUAUAAAGCCACCUUCCAGAAAAAGUUCUCUCUUUCCCCAGGACACACGGUGAUAGUGAAGAUCCCUUCUUUUGUCAAGAUGGUUGGCACCAUAAAAUCCUGCCACACCGUCUUGGUGCUGGCCAGUCAAAAUAUCUCUGUGGUGGCCUUGAGCUCAAAGAGAACUUCAUUUGACACCACAGUUGUCUAUCCUAUCCAGAGUCUAGGAAUGGCGUAUUAUGUUCUCACACCUUUGGGAGACCUCUCCAAAACGUACAAAGAGUUCUCUGUCAUUGCAUGGCAUAAGAGCACUGGCGUAGAGAUCCACCUCAAGGGAUCAGUGAGAUUCCAAAGCCGCAUUUAUCCUGCAGGCAGCAAGCUGCACAUUACCCUUCGACCCUACGAAGCCAUCCAGCUUCAGAGCCACCACGAUCUCUCUGGCACACUUGUCAGAGCAACACACCCGGUAGCAGUGUUGAGUGGGCACAGCUGUGCCCAAAUGAACACCGAAUGUAGCCAUGUGGUAGAGCAGUUGCUACCGGUGGAAAGCUGGGGCCGUUCCUUCUUUAUCCUUCCUCUUUCCUUCCAAAGUCAGUACAAUAUUGUGUAUGUAACCACCUCCCAAAUGACCACAGUCACCUCUGUCUCUGGUAGCACCCAUAAAAGUUAUGACCUCGAGCCUGGACAGCUGCUUCAGCUGAAAGUCACACAAUCGAGCCCCAUCUACAUCACAGCCAACGUUGGCAUCCAGGUCUUCUUUUUCUGCCCUGGCGGUACCCAUUCAGGUCACACAUUUCUCCCCUUCUUUCUGACCAUCCCUGAUGUUCUCAGCUACUGCACAUCCUACUCUUUUGAGACCCAGGUGGGCUUUGAGAAUUAUGCUCUCAUCGUUGCUAAGACAGCGGCUGCUGGUGGGCUCACCCUGGAUGGGGACGCCUUGGGAGGUGUCUCUUGGAAAGAGAUUGCGGGAACCGAAUAUUCAUGGAGUGAGUACAGACUUGGGAAGGAAGAAUGUAUCCAUUCCCUAGAACAUCCGGACAGCCCCUUUAGCCUGCUAAAUGUGGGCGUUGGUGACAGGAGGAGCUACGGAGCAAUAGGAAUCUGCCAAAAGGAAGCUCAGCCUGUUCCCAUGAGUACUCCCAUACAGUGCCGGAAGAAGGAGACUUACAAAAUGCAAAAUGGCCAGAAGGUGUGUGUGCCUCAAUCUUCUGCCAUUUGCUUGGCUCAGGGUGACCCCCAUUACUGGACAUUUGACAGGCGGAAAUAUGACUUCAUGGGCACCUGCACAUACACUAUUGCCAAGACCUGCGGACCAGACACAACUCUCCCGGCCUUCCAUAUUACCAUCAAAAAUGAGAAUCGGGGCAUGAAACAUGUGUCCUACGUUGGAUUGGUGACAGUCCAGGUCUAUGGAUACGACAUAGCGGUAGCCAGGAAGGAACAUGGAUUUGUGCGGGUCAACAACCAGCGCUUCCGGCUGCCCGUCACCCUGAUCAAAGAUAAAUUGUGGCUCUUCCAAAGCGGGACCUUUGCCACCAUUGAGACGGACUUUGCGCUGAGGGUCUCCUACGACUGGAACAGCAACUUUGCAGUGAACAUCUCCAGCAGUUUCUUUGAGAACGUCUGUGGUCUGUGCGGGGACUAUAAUGGAAAACCUGAGGAUGACUUCAGGACCUCCACUGGAUCCUUGGCUCCGGGCCCUGUGGCAUUUGGACAGAGUUGGAAAGUGGAGGAUGGAGACCCCUUGUGCUGGAGUGACUGCCAUGGAGAAUGCAAGAAGGCCCCUGAAAAAAACCUCAUUCCGUACAGAGGUGAAACCUUUUGUGGCUGGAUCAGUAAAAAAGGGGGCCCAUUCAGCAGGUGCCAUUCUUUGGUUGAGCCCAACAUCUUUGUGGAAAAUUGUGCCUACGACCUCUUUGUCUAUGAAGGUCAUAGAGAGGCGUUGUGCCAAGCGCUGAAGAGCUAUGUGGAUGCCUGCCAGCAAGAAGGUGGAGUUGUGUUAGACUGGAGGAGUCUCGUUGGAUGCCCUUUACCCUGCCCCGAGAACAGCGUCUAUAACAUCUGUGGAUCGGUCUGUCCCGCCACUUGCAGCAACGAAGCUCUUCCACCCCACUGUUCUUCUUCACAAUGUGUCGAGUCUUGCCAGUGUAAGGAGGGUUUUGUGAUGGAUGCUGGGAAGUGCAUCCCGCGAGCUGCCUGUGGCUGCCUCUUCGAGGGCCGCCUCUUGGCUCCCAAUGAGGAGUUCUGGGGAGACAACACAUGCACAAAACGCUGCACCUGCGACCCACAGAACAAGGAGGUGAAAUGCCGGGACACCAAGUGCAGCCAGGGAGAGCAAUGUCAGGUGAAGAAUGGCAUCCAGAACUGCUAUGCUAUCAGCUAUGGGACCUGUUCUGUCAUCGGCCACUCCCACUAUCACGGCUUCGAUGGUCACACUGUUAACUUCCAGGGCACCUGUCUCUACAGAUUUGCUGGGCUGAGUCAGAAGAAGCCAGGGUUGGUUGCUUUCCAGAUUUUGGUCCAGAAUUCUCAUCAGGGGGGCUGGUCUGGGACCCCUAAAAGGGUGGUCAAGAUUGAAAUCUACAACCUGGAGAUCACUGUCAGCUGGGCGUAUCUGGGCAGAAUUACGGUCAAUGGCCAGCUCACCAACCUGCCUUACAAGAUGGGCCCAGAUCAAAUUAUCGUCUACCAAAAGGGUUGGGACACUGUGAUCCAAACAGAUUUUGGCCUUGUGGUCACUUUCAGCUGGCAGAGUCAUCUGACGGUCACUGUGCCAACCACUUACCAAGGUGCCUUGAGCGGGCUCUGUGGCAACUUCAACGGAGAUAAACAAGACGACAUGGCAUUGAUUAGUGGUGGGCAAGUCACCAAACUGGCAGCUUUUGGGCAACUCUGGAAGGUGGCCGAGUUCCCUGGCUGUGGAGAAGUCAACCCAAAAGUAUGUCCGAACUUGCAGAACAUGGCCCAGAAGCAACGAAGCAUUGGCACCGAAUGUGGAAUCCUGGUGGACAAGAAUGGCCCGUUUAGGGAAUGCCACAGGAAAAUCAACCCAGAGGUGUUUUUCCUCGAGUGUGUGUCUGACUACUGCACAUCCAACAGCCAAACAUCUGCACUGGGCUACAUCAUCGCUGCUUAUGCAUCUGUCUGCCAAGUUGUGGGAAUGACCAUUUACACUUGGAGGAUCCACAUAGUCUGGAAACUUUCAUGUCCACCAAACAGCCAUUAUGAACUCUGUUCCAGAAGCUGUCAACAGACGUGCGAUAGUCUCUAUUCGUCUCUGCCCUGCGCCACCUACUGCACAGAAGGGUGUGUCUGUGAUGAAGGCUUUGUGCUCAGCGGUGACCGUUGCGUCCCUCUGCAUCAGUGUGGUUGCACCUAUCAGGACCAGUAUUAUAUGAGUGGACAGACCUUCUACCCAACCAGUAACUGCGAUAUGAAGUGUACGUGCCAAGGUGGUGGAGCUGUCACCUGCCACAAAAUCUCCUGCGGGCCCAAUGAAGAAUGCAAAGUGGUGGGCGGAGUCCAAAAAUGCCACCCAAUGAGUUCAGCCACUUGCAUGGCUUCCGGAGAUCCUCAUUAUCUCACUUUUGACGGAGUCCCCUUUGAUUUCCAAGGCACCUGCUCUUACAUCCUAGCUAAGACUACCGUUAAAAACACAAGUGGUCUGACUCCCUUUACCAUCACGGCAAUAAAUGAGCCUUGGGGGAAUGGAAAAGUCUCCGUAAUUAAACAAGUAUCUGUGGAGGUCUACGGAUUCAAACUGACUCUGAUCCAUAAGAAAGAAGGACAAAUCCAGAUGAAUGGGGUAUUCCGGUCCCUCCCCAUGGAACUUUUCAAAGGACAUCUCAAAGCCUAUCAACAUGGCACUAAGGUCCUGAUAAAAACCAGCUUUGGCCUUGUGGUGAGCUAUGACCUGAUUUACGAUGUGAGAAUUACUGUCCCGAGCAGCUAUCGGGAGCGGAUGCAAGGUCUGUGUGGGAAUUACAAUGGGAAGAAGGAUGAUGAGUUCCUACUUCCCAGUGGGAAGAAAGUUACAGACGUGGCUGUGUUUGGGGCUUCCUGGAAGGUUUCGGUCCUUGGGGCAGAAGGACCUUGUUCAGAUGGAUGCUCUGGGAGCAGCUGCCCGACCUGUGAUGAAGAAAAGAAGAAGGUCUUCCAACAGCGCAACUACUGUGGGAUCCUCACUGCCUCGGAUGGCCCCUUAAAGGGUUGCCACAGUCAGGUGGACCCCAGCGUGUUUUUCAAUGACUGCAUCUAUGAUUUGUGCCAAAGCAAUGGAGACAGCCAGACCUUGUGCCAAAGCAUCCAGAGCUACGUGUCAGCUUGUCAAGAAGCCAAGGUCCUUAUCCAGCCAUGGAGAAGUCCAUCUUUCUGCCCUUUGAGCUGCCCUCCCCACAGCCACUAUGAAGAAUGUGCUGAUUUUUGUACUGCUGAUUGUUCUGGGCUCCGAAUAUGUCCUGAAACCUGUGCCGAGGGGUGCCAGUGUGAUCUUGGGUACUUCUUUGACGGGCUCGGCUGCGUCUCAAUGGAAGGCUGUGGAUGCUUUGGAAAUGGAAGUUAUUAUAGGCCCAACGAGGAGGUCCUGCUGAACGAAUGCCAGCAAAUCUGCCGGUGUCUCCCUGGGCAGGGACUCCUUUGCAAAUCUUACCACUGUUCUUCUGAUGAAGACUGUCGAGUCCAAGAUGGCAUCAUGAGCUGCAUUAAUAAAGAUCCAUGCAAAACCUUACAGUGUCGGGUCAAAGAAACAUGUGAGAUAAAGAAUGGCAAAGCCUUCUGUGUCCCGAUUUACAAUGAGACCUGCUAUGGCUGGGGAGAACCCCAUUAUCACACCUUCGAUGGGUUGGAGUAUCCUUCGACGGGGCGUACAUCUUUCGUCAUCCUCUCCAGCAGCUACUACGAUUCUGUCUGUGGCCUUUGUGGGAAUUUCAACCAAAACCCCAAGGACGACAUGAUGACAGCUGCAGGGGUCAAGGCGAAUUCUGAGGUGGAGUGGGCCGCAAGUUGGAAAGUGAAGGACCGCGAUCCAUUCUGCUGGGAUGAAUGCAAGGCCGAUGUCCCACCUCUUUGGCCUGUCCUGAGAACAGCCACUACGGAGGCUUGUGGAAGCGCCUGCCCAACACUUGCUCGAAGCCAAUUGGCUUCCGCAUCUUGCAAGAUGCCCUGUGUGGAAACCUGCCAAAACGAAGGCUACGUGCUCAGUGUAGAUCGAUGUGUCCACGGGGAGUUGCGGCUGUACCUACGAUGGUGCCUACUACAAACCGGGGCAGGAAUUCUGGGGGAUGAGAACUGCACCUCUCGCUGCAGGUGUGACCCCAAGAUGGGCAUGGUCGUGUGUGAGCCAGGCAGCUGCAAGGCUAGCGAAAUAUGCGGAAUAGACGACGGCAUCCGACAGUGCAACCCUAUCAGCGUUGCCACCUGCACAGUCAUGGGGAAUCAUCACUACACCACUUUUGAUGGGCAGAAAUAUGACUUUACUGGCACUUGCCUCUACCAGCUGAUCCAGAACAGCCAAGGAAGGAAGAUCUUGCCGUUCUCUUCCGUUCUGACCUUGGAAGUCUAUGAUAUGAUCAUUACCAUCAGCCAGGAUCAUCCUGAUACGAUCCAGGUUGAUGGAGUAUUAGUGGACUUGCCCUUCUACUAUGAAGACAAGAUCCAGGCUUACCUUAGUGGAAAUCAUCUCCUUAUCAAGACACAGGUUCGACCUUCCUUGAUCUUCAGUUGGAAUAGACUAGUCCACAUCACGGUUCCUGGCAGCUAUCUCAAUGUGCUUUGUGGUCUCUGCGGUCAAAAACCUGGUCUUUCCUGCCCCCAUAAUUCUCACUACGAGCACUGUGGAGAUGGCUGCCCUGUGACCUGCCAUGGCCUCUCAGCCCCCGAUGGAUGUCAGACCUCCUGCAAAGAAGGCUGCUAUUGCAAUGCUGGGUUUGUCCUGAGUGGAGAUGAGUGCGUCCCUAUAGGGGAAUGUGGUUGUCUGUACCAGGGCAGGUAUUAUAAAAGGGGUGAUGAAUUUUACCCCAGUGCUUCUUGCCAAGACAAAUGUCGUUGUAGAGAAAACGGGGCCGUGGAAUGUCGGAAGGUCUUCUGUGGGCCUCAGCAGCAAUGCAAGAUUGAGAACGGGAAGCAAGCUUGUCACCCUCGUGGCUGGGGCAAAUGCAGCGUGACCGGUGGGAGCCACUACCUCACUUUGGAUGGAGAGGUCUUCAACUUCCUGGGGUCUUGUUCUUACACUUUGGUCGAAGUCUGUGGCAGGAAUGCUGAACUGGUCCAUUUCUCCGUGGUGGUGGAGAACGAGAGCAACCGGAAAGGCAAAGCUGUGCCAAAGGCAGUUGUCAUCACUCUUCGAGGUUAUGCCAUCAGACUUGAGAGAGGAAUGACUUGGCAGGUUCAGGUGAAUGAAGAAGCCUACACCCUGCCACUGGUGAUGAAGAGAGGAUCCAUUUUAAUCCAUCAGGAGGGGAAGAACGUUGUGAUCCAGACCGACUUUGGUUUGAAAGUUCUCUAUGAUUCUUCCCAAAUCAUCCUUCUGACCAUCCCUAGCAUGUACCAAGGACAGGUAUGUGGCUUGUGUGGCAACUUCAACGGGGAGAGGCGAGACGAAUUCCAACUACCUGAUGGAACCAGCACCACCAAUGUGACCAUGUUUGGAGCCUCCUGGAAAGUGUCAGCAGGAAGCCUCAGUUGCUCGGAUGGCUGCGGGCAGAACUGUCCCUCCUGCAAUGCUGCUCAGAUCAGUCCGUAUCAGGCGGAGAGUUCUUGUGGGCUGAUCAAGUCCUCCUCAGGCCCUUUUGAAGCCUGCCAUCUCCUGGUGAAGCCUGAAGAGUAUUUUAAUCUCUGCCUGUAUGAAAUGUGCGCUGCUCACGGAGCCAAAGAAGCUCUUUGCCAAAGCCUGCAGGCCUACGCAGCUGUGUGCCAAGCAGCUGGUGCCACUAUCAAGAGCUGGAGGACAGCCGUUCUUUGCCCCUUUACUUGCCCACAGAACAGCCACUAUGAGCUUUGUACCAGAUCCUGUGAUUUUACUUGUGCUGGUCUAUCUUCUCCCGUCCAAUGUACCGAAAAAUGCUUUGAAGGCUGCCAGUGCAAUGAUGGCUACGUUUCUGAUGGGGAAAAGUGCAUAUCCCUGGACCACUGUGGCUGUGUACAUGACGGACGCUACAUGAAGGUGAAUGGACAACAGGUGCAACUUCCAGCUUCCCCUUUGAAAACGGUGUCUGUGAGCAUAGUUGAAGAUGUGGUCACAAUUAGACAUGGGGCAGCUCUUCAGAUUCUCUUUGACCUCAAAGGAAAAGUGACUGUGAAGGUCAAGGACAGCCUGGCAGGCAAGCUGUGUGGCUCCUGCAGAAACUUCAAUGGUGACCUUUCUGAUGACCUCACGCUGCCCAAUGGUCAAGUUGUAGGAGACAUUUCGCAGGUGAUUGAUGCAUGGAAGGCCAGAGACUUCUCCUACUGGUAA